AUGGCCGUUAGGCUAACGGAGGGCGCGGUACUGAAGAUGACGGCGGAGGACGCCGAUCAAUCCUUCAAGCCCGUCCUGCAAGUCACCGACCUGAGACAGAUCCACACACAGCGCAGCGGCGGCGACUCAGAACGGUACAGGCUUAACUUGUCCGAUGGGUCCCACUUGGAGCAGGGGAUGCUUGCCAGUCAGCAUAACUCCCUGGUUCACCAAGGCCUCCUUCAGAAGGGCUCCAUCGUCUGCCUCACUGAAUUCACCUGCACCAAAGUCCAGAAUCGCAGGAUCAUCAUUAUAGUCUCACUGGAUGUGCUAGUUAGUGAAUGUGAUAUCAUUGGACAGCCUGUCAGAUUGUCGAAUGCGCAGUCCCCAGCGACAAUACCUGGAAACACCCAAUCUCUUAACAGCAGUGUGCGUGGGGCGGGUCAUGAAGCUAUGACUGAGGCGAGUCCCGAUCAACCUAGAUUGAAUCCAUCGUAUGGCGGUUCUUACUCUGGUAGGGCUGAACCAGGGAGAUAUGCUGCAACGAGCUCAGUUCCUAAUCACCCUAGACCUGAGAGUGGUUCUGGUUUUGCUGGGUCAGCACCUGGGUCAUAUGCUGGUCAGAACACGGUUUUACGCAGCCCAAGACCCCAGGUUUCACCUCCACUCCAAAGUUCUUAUGCUCACCCACCUCAGCCGACUUAUCAACAGUCGCGCUCAAAUUCUUAUGCCCAACAGCCUCAGUCAACUUAUCAACAGGCCCCUCCAAGUUCUUAUGCACGCUCACCACAGCCAACUCAUCAACAGCCACCUCCAUUGUACAGUAACAGAGGACCAGUAGCCAAAAAUGAAGCUCCUGGUAGAAUAGUACAAAUUUGUGCUCUGAAUAUGUACCAAAAUAGGUGGACAAUCAAGGCGAGAGUGACAGCUAAAUCAGAACUCAGGACCUACACCAAUGCACGUGGUGAGGGGAAAGUAUUUAAUUUUGAUCUUAUUGAUUCCAGUGGAGAAAUUAGAGUAACCUGCUUUAAUCCUGUGGCUGAAGAAUUCUACAGUUUGAUUGAAGUUGGUAAGGUGUAUCGUAUCUCGAAAGGUACCAUCAAGACGGCUGCGCGGAAAUUUAACCACUUGAAUAAUGAGUUUGAAAUUCAUUUGGACGCCACUUCGACAAUCCAAUUAUGUUUUGAGGAUGAUGGCUCGAUUCCACAGCAGCGAUUCAAUUUUCGGCCAAUAAGUGAUGUUGAAGGCUUGGAGAACAACACUAUUGUGGACAUAAUAGGUGUGGUGUCAUUCAUCAGUCCAGCUGCUUCAAUAAGGACGAAAAAUGGUGAGACUCAAAAGAGAACUCUCCAGUUGAAGGAUAUGUCUUGUCGUAGCGUGGAAGUAACUCUGUGGGGGAAUUUGUGUAACGUAGAAGGUCAAAAACUUCAAGGUAUGUGCGAUUCUGGGUUGUUUCCCGUGGUAGCUGUCAAAGCUGGUAGAGUCAGUGAGUUCAACGGCAAGGUGGUGGGGACCACGGCUGCUAGUCAGCUCUUUAUAGAACCAAAGGACUCUCAAGCUGAAGAGGUGAGGUUAUGGUUUGAGAGGGAAGGAAUGGAUUCUCCAUGUGUCUCUAUCUCCAGGGACACAGCAAGAAAUGACAUCAGAAAGACUAUAUCCCAGAUUAAAGAUGAGAAGCUAGGCACUUUUGAGAAGCCAGAUUGGAUCACAGUCGGUGCAACUGUCACAUUUAUAAAGAGUGAUAACUGUUUCUAUCCGGCAUGCCCACUCAAAACAGGGGACCGGCAAUGCAACAAAAAGGUUAUAAAUGAUGGAGAUGGGACAUGGAGGUGUGAAAGAUGUGAUCAGUCAGUACAACAGUGUGACUACAGAUAUAUACUCAACUUACAGAUACAAGACCAUACUGGCGAAGCAUGGGUAACUGCAUUUCAGGAGAGUGGCGAAGAAAUAAUGGGUAUAACAGCAAAAGAAUUUCAUUAUUUGAAACAUGAAGUGCAGGAUGAGGAUAAAGUUGCAGAAAUCAUUCGAAGGGUCUUGUUUACUGAAUUUGCUUUCAAAUUGAAAAUAAAGGAAGAGACUUUUAGUGAUGAGCAGCGUGUGAAAUCAACUGUCGUCAAAGCAGAUAAAGUGAAUUUUUCUACGAAGUCUAGAUUUCAGUUGGAUCUGAUCGAUAACCUUAAAAAAGGGGAAACUGCAAUACCUUGUGCUGGGAUGAAUAAUUCUGGAGUGGGGAGCUCUGCAAUUGGACAACAUACACCUGCUGUCAAUGUUAGUUACAGUACCAAUGCCGCUAAUGCUAGUAGUGUGUUUGGAGCACCAGCAAGUCAAUUGGGACACGUUGGAAGCCAGUAUAUUAGUCCUAGAGUUCCUCCAACUGGCGGCUCUGCUGGUUCGUAUCUUAGCUGUAACAUCUGUGGAGGUACAAGCCAUAAUUCUUUGAACUGCCCAAAUGUUAUGAAACAAUCAUCAGGAGGGAGCUAUGCCAAUAGUAGGCCAGUUGCCAGUAAUUCUGGUGAAUGCUAUAAAUGCCAUCAACCUGGUCAUUGGGCGAGCGACUGCCCUGUCUCGAACCAUAUUCCAGCUUAUGGAAGUAGUGGAGUCCAGCCUGGGAGAUAUGGAGUUUCAAAUCAAAGGGUUAGCUAUUGAAGUUGUUCGAUCACCAUCGUUCCUAUCUUUUUUAUUUCCUUUUAUGGGAGAUAUGGAGUUUCAAUUUCUUCCAUGUCGGAGCUGGGUGAUACUUUUGGCACUCCUUUGAAUCAGUCUUCCCAACAUAUGCUUUUGAGAGAGAAGCUUCUUUAGUACAGACUCUCGAUGUUUUUGUCAUGUCUUUUGGGAUCUCAUUCAGGAUAGUUCGCAGUUGCUUUUCUUAAGCCUUGGAGCAACUUGCUCCUGUUGGUAAAUACCUUUUGUACAAACUGUUUCUGUUGGGACAGAUGUAGAACUAGCAUAAUUUGAACUUUCUUCCAUAAAUCUGUCUUGCUUUGGAAUCUGACUGGUGGCUUUCUUUAUUGUAUGAACAAGGAGACUUGGUUUUUCAAUUAAAGACUUAUCAUUCGGAUUCAGUAUUCUACUUCUGUCGUUGUCUGGUUUUGUGUCAAAUAGUGUAUUAGAUGAUUGGUGUUGGUUGCCAGCAGAAUGUUUCUAGUGUUCAGAUGUUUGCAAUGUAGUGGUUGAAUUCAGUUUUUUAUGGGGAGUUAAAUUCAGCUUCACACUGCUGCAAUACUUAUAGUUUGGAAUGCCUGUACAGAUUUGCAGCAACGUGCCAUGUAUCAAC